AUGCUCAAGUUCACCGAAAUUGUUAAGAACCUCAGUCCCAGUAUCGACGGGGAGAUUCUCAGUGCGAAAAGAAGAAUGUGUCUGGCUCCCAACAAUGUCAGACAUUGCCUUCUUACGAAAGUUGCCGACCAACUGGCCCUCGCACGACAGAAGCCAAAUUUCGCGGAAUACUGCUCUAUCAGUCGGGAGACUCAUACUGACGAAUUGAUGUCAAUGCUGGAACCUUUGGUAAAUUCUACGGGAAACAAUGGCCUGCGAGAAGCGCUCAUGGAUAUCGUCUUGGACGCGCAGAAAAUUGGAAUCGAUCUUUUCUCUUGCCCCUAUGACACCAGAUUCCACUUUCCCGAACUUCACGAGUCGUAUGAUCCUACGGUCAUGGUGAAUCUUGAUCCUGCACUGGCCGUCAAUAUCGUGCGUGCAGGAGUCAGCCUGUCUAUUACGCCGUACAUACGACUAGGACUGACUAUGAGCCUGUGCGUUAUCAGAAUGUCUGCAAUGCGAGAGUCUUCACUGGGCUUCCUGGCGAAGAAGCGAGUGCGAAUCGCACUCCCGGACGCCCCCCAUGAUGUUCUUGGUUUUUCUGAUCUGCUUUCGGUACACUAUGUGGACAUUCCUUUUCUUCUUUCUGAGAUAAAUGGUUUUGUGGUUUUGUCACGUUUUCUGGUGGGAUUUUCGGAGGAGGUCUUUCGUGGGGUUGUGCUUCAAGGAUUCGAGGGUUGGGGAGGUUGUUUCAGAGAAGAAAAGAAUGGAUUUUUUGAUUUGCAUUCGAAGUUCAUGCUGUGGCAUGUGCCGAUUGAUCAAGACCAAAAGCAGAUAUAA